AUGCUGUCCGCUUUCGAAUCGCUCGACAGCGGCGCCGCGAGUGAAGGGGGAAGCCGGAACAGAGACGGUCAUCGGCGAGAAGACCGUGCUGGCAGCAAUGCUGGCGCAGACGAGCGGCGUGUGGCCCUUGACAUAAACACACAAGCUGCCCCACCGGCUGCAUGCAGUGUCGUCGGUGACGUCGCACGCCUCGUUCCGCCAGGUUUAUCACAUGGCAGAACCCUGCUGCGCAGAUGCGCUUCGAGCCGAUCCGGCAGCCCGCGUUCUCUCAGGAAGCUCUGGACAUCAGAAGAUUCUCGCGAGCGUAGCGUAGAGGAGCCGACGCUGCGCCGCGUGGUCUUGAUGUACCAGUUUCCGCGCGCCGGCCAGGGGCGGGAUGAAUACUAG